AUGCAGCCCGUUACCUACCUAGGGAUGCUCUUCUUCAUCUCAGCGUCGGCUCUCGCCGCGCCGCAUCACCACCACAACCACCUUCAACGACACAGAGAUCGCGUCGCUACACAUGCACAUAUCAAGCACGACCACGCGAUGUUGGCGAAAAGAGCAGAGCAGAUCAGAGUGGACUCUUCGAAGGCUGCCCAGGCAGAAACGCAAGAUUGGUCCGCGGAAAAACAACCGAGACAGUCGCCGUCAGAAGAGGGCCCGAUUGUAACGCUAUGGGAACAAACGACCGGGCCCAAGACCGCCGCGGCCGGGGCCGAAGAGGUCGUAAUACGAUCUUCCGAGCCGAUGGCCGUCCGCGGGGAGGCGUACGGGAGAAGCAAGGUUGCGGCGCACGGCGACGUCGGGCUGGAGCAUGCGGUGGAAGGUCUCGACAGCCGGCACAUGAAUGCGGCGACGCGGUUGUUGCUGGCUCAUGCCGCUAGGAAACACCAUUAG